AUGACUCUCUUAAUACAAAAACCGGAUCGAACACAAGAGUCUGUCAUGCCGAUUAAUCGGAAUUUCUGGAAUCGAAAGAGGAACGUUUUUGAGCUUCAGCAAUCCAAGCGGAAUAUAUGGAAGAAAUUCCGUCGACCCGUGAACAGCUAUGCAUUCAGUUCUCCGUAUCUGGAUAGGAUCGAGGGAACAUACGAUAAGUCGUUGCUGGCCAAGAAACGUUACGAUAAAGGAUCAACACCAUUCCAUAGUUUUGUUUGA